GGCUUCGGCUUCGGGCAAGACGGAAACACGUGUUUUUGUGUUUAUUAUUUUAACUCAUCAACAUGAAGCUUCUCACGCAUAACAUGUUGACCUCUAAUAUCAUCAAAGGUGUAACGAAAGGCUACCCUCUUAAUAUAGUGCCCACAACUGUGGAAGUGAAGGAAGUAGAUUUUAACCCUGAGUUUAUCGCACGGAUGAUACCAAAGGUAGACUGGUCAGCUUUGAAACAGGCAGCAGAUCAGAUUGGAAAAACUGACCAGUGUCCAGCUGAAGUCGUCCCUGAGUAUGAAAGCAAUGAGGAAUUCCUGAAAAAAGCCCAUCAUCUUCUCCUGGAGGUUGAAAUCAAAGAUGGUGAUCUUGUUUGCCCUGAAACUGGUAGAAAGUUCCCUGUGUCAAAUGGAAUUCCAAACAUGCUUUUAAAUGAAGCUGAAGUGUGAAAACUGAUGUGUUUUGGAGACUAUGCGCAUGGGUUGUGGACUGAAAUGUACUACCGGAAUGUAGUGACACAGACUUGGCCUUUAGUGGACUAAAGUCAAACAUUUUCCCAAUUAUGUGGAACUUCUGAAUACCUCAGAAUUUAACUCAAAUGUGAAAGGACUCAACAAUGCAUCCAAACUCUCUACAUCCAUUAGAAAACACUUAACGUAGAGUGUUAAGCAAUUCUGAAUAUCUGUUCAACAUUACAGGAGAGUUUCUGAAUUGUGAUAGCAAGAGUAGUUGCCCUUGUUGAUGGUAAAGAAAAUAGCUAAAACCUUGAGUCAUUUUAGCACUGCUCAUUACAUUGCAACAUUUGGAUAGCAUGUGCUGUGUGAGAAAUGGCAAUUUCUCUGUAAUGCCAACUCCCCGCCAUCCUUGGUAAAGAAGAAAUAAGGGAGAUAAUUCGUCACAUGUAUGUGGGCCGGGUAAAAUAUAUGUACAUGCACAAUUUCUUCAUACAGUUGUAUGCGUGUGACAUUUUUCAAAUGUUAUCUACUUACUGCAUUGUUUUUAUUUACCAUUUUAAUUUUCACUUUUCAAAAUGUCUCUUACAGGCUGUAGAUUUUUUUUUUUUUUUUUGAGCAAUUGUUGUUCAUCAUCCAAAAUGCAUCAAGAAGCA